AUGACGAAGGGUACCUCCUCGUUUGGUAAGAGACACAACAAGACGCACACCUUGUGCCGUCGUUGCGAAGCACACCUGCUCCUCCUGCGGUUACCCCUCGGCCAAGACCCGCAAGUGUACGUUAUCCUCCCGACGACGAGUCCAACCCGAUCCAGCCCAGUCACCAUUCGAGACACUCCUUCCUGCGCCAUCAUCUUGCCUUAUCCCGCACGUGUGACCGGAAAUACUGACGUAGGACGCGAUGUAGACAACUGGUCCGAGAAGGCCAAGCGGAGAAAGACCGUCGGCACCGGCCGCAUGCGCUACCUCAAGGACGUCUCCCGCCGCUUCAAGAACGGCUUCCAGACCGGUGUCCCCAAGGGCUCCGCCGGCCCCACCGUCCAGCAGUCGUGA